CAGGCAACAAUACGCAACACAGCGUCUAGUCUGCCGGAAAAUCACACAAAGACGUGACCAAGAAGAAUUUCCAAGUUUGCGUUUUUAUUGUUGUUACUGAAACCUUUAUUAACACCCUGGAACUCAAAAUAUGACUAAUUUAACUGCACAGCGUCACAUACUUACCCCAUGUAGUGUUUAAUUCGCGUUGGAGACAGGUUGAUACAUGUUAUGUAGGUAACGCUAGUUAGCUGCUAACGUUAGCUAACAAUGGCUAGCUGUAUGGUUUUUCACACUCAAAUAGCCUCCAUCAUGGAGGUGCUAGCGAAUGCAGCCGUGGAAGAAAUAUGUAAACUCGUGGACGACGACUAUGCAGUGUUUCGUUUGGAAAUAACUCAAAGCCAGAAAGAAAAUAGGGCAUUGCGUAGGAAACUACUGGAACUGAAGGUGGCACGGGAGCGCGCAGAGAGGACAAUGCGAGAGCGCGUCCUCACCAGUCGUCCCAGUAGUGUCAGAUACAGAGCAAUGGCAAGAGGUGAAGGACAUCUCACUGGAGGCCACAGGAGCUUAGUGAAGCCAGCGGGACACAAUACAUGGAGAGAUGACCAACCAAUCACUGUUGAUGAGGGGAGUGGAACCUCAACCCAGCACUCUAUUGUGAUUGAGUCUGCAGAUGCAGAGGCUGCAGGUCCUGGAGUCAAGCUGGAGAGGUUUGAAGGAGUGGAGGACCCACGGCACAACAGAGACAUCCAGUCUGGAGCGCCCCCUGUAGCCACGGAGAACCCCACCACGACCCCAGUGCAGUCCAGGACACGAUGCCUCAUCACGGAGGAGGAGGAGGGUCCAGAGGUGCUGCUGGUGAAGGAGGAGGAGGAGGGUCUGGGGAACCCUGAGGGGACCAUGGUCAGAGAGGACAACCAGACUACACCUCCUCCUGAACCCACAGAGGAACCAGCUGAGCAGCACAGGAUCACACAUAGUCUCACUGAGUCAGUAGACAUGGAGGAAGGGAAGCCUGAUCUGCUGCUGGUCAAAGAGGAGACAAUAGAAGACAGACCAGAGAGCAUUGACCUGCUGAGUGGACUAAAGAUGGGGGAGCAAUGUGGUUGGCUGGAGGAUAACAGAGGCGACUGGGCGGCCAUAUUGGAUUACCAUACGGGUGCAGCCAAGGGCCCAGGGGACAACAUCACUGAGCAGGCCAGGACCAAAGGCGACAUAGUGGAGUCUGCAGUCCAUGAGGACCUGCUGAUAUCCGGUGUUGCUGGCUGGAAAUACUGGACCUCUGAGGUGGCUGGUCACAAACCAUGGCCCCGGAUCAGAACCGUAGAUCAGGGGCCAUCACUCUUCCUUCCAGAGUCGGAACAAGGACCGAACCACGAGGGACAGAGACUCCACCACACAAAACACAACCAGUGGACAGGGGGACUGAACAACCUCAGUCCUGGUGGUCAUCAGAGAGACAGAGCCUCCUGUUCCUAUGAUACAAACACCACAGUAUCCAUGAUGAACAGAGCAGGUCACCCUGGGCUUCAGCCUUCACAGAGAGUGGUGGGAGAUCCCCCUGGUGGUCGUCUAUCAGGAAAUCUGUCUUCUCCUUCAGAGUCUCCUCUAAUGCCUGGUGACUGGGUUCAUAGAAAGCCUGGACCUGGGUCUAGCCUUCCUCAGUUACCUCAUGGUUACUCCACUAAUACAGACAAGGUCAGGAUGGGUGUUCACCACAAGAGGUAUCUAGCCUAUAACACAGCACACAAUCCCAACAACAGAGGUCAAGGAGAGGUCAAUAGAGGUCAAGGAGGGAGCUCAAAGACUAACCAUCUGAGGGGGGUCGCACCUGCUUCUACCUCCUCUGGUGUCAUUGGGUCACAACGUGGGAGGCUGAGCGUUAGGACGGACGCCGACAAGCUUUACUCCUGCUCCACAUGUGGGAAGCGCUUCGCUGAGGCAAACUAUGUAAAGGAGCACCAGACCGUUCACACCAAGGAGAGGCCCUUUAAGUGCAAACUAUGUUACAAGAGAUUCUCCUUCCGGAGUAGCCUUAUCAGACAUAGGAGUGUCCACAAUGUGGAGAAAUCGGAGCAGUGUGGCUAGAGAGGGCUCCCGAGUGGCGCAGCGAUCUAAAGCAUUGCAUCUCAGUGCUAGAGGCAUCACUACAGACCCUGGUUCGAUUCCAGGCUGUAUCACAACCAGCCGUGAUUGGGAGGCCCAUACGGCGGCGCACAAUUGGCUCACCGCCGUCCGGGUUAGGAUUUGGCCGGGGUAGGCCGUCAUUGUAAAUAAGAAUUUGUUCUUAACUGACUUGCCUAGUUAAAUAAAAAAAAUGUGAAGAUGUACACAGGGCACCAUACUUUAGCUAUCAUGUGAAGUGACCUGGAGUAAGAGCAGUGGUGUUCUGGAGGUGGGCAGAACGCCAGUGGGCAAUGAGUAUACUCACUUCUUAAUCCCCACGAUGCAUAUCAAAGUAGUGUAGUGGAGGUAUACACUGUGUCAAUAAGGCUGAUGGUACAGAUCUAGAAUGUUUAUCUUACAAUGUUGAUAAACUAUUAUUUCUUCACAUUUUCGCAAUGUGCUCACAGUGGUAGGCCUAUGCGCAAAUGAUCCCAAAUGCAAUUUGUGGGGAAAAAACUGUGUGCAACCGGGUCAUCAGGAGGGAUCAGCCAAUCGUGAGGAAUAAAAUUGGCUACUUCAAAAUGGAGAUAGGCUCAGUGGCACGGAUACAGUGAUGAUGCCUCUUUCCAUCUUUAUGUUUUGUCCUGACUGAGAAAGACUAGUAUGGAUUCUAUUAUUUUAGGUCAUUUAGAGUAUAUGUCACUGUUUCACAUUAAAACAAUUACACGGGGCACCUUUUCUUCCUGUUUGGGAAUUAUUUGGCACCACUUCACCACUGGGUAAGAGGACAAUUAACCACUCAUUAACCCUUUGUUAACUUGUCAUUUGAAAUAGGAUUGUGUAAAUACCUGUUUUUAGAGAGACAAUACCUAGGCAAGAACAACCUAGACUAGAACAAGGACAGUUUAAUAUUUACCUUCCUGAGGUGAUGUAGAUGGAAUAAAGUAAUUAUAUUAUUUUCUACUCUAUUGUUGCUAACACGCUGUUCUUUCUAAACAAGUCUGCUCACAGCUUGAAAGAUA